AUGUCUGGGAAGGUGUGGUGUUGCACGGGGGUGUAUUCCAAUCCUGUCCCAACUGAACGUGAUCGGUUAUGGCAAUAUUUAAAGGAGCUUCGGCAGGUGAUCGUCCUUCCUUGGUUCCUCAUAGGCGACUUCAAUGAUAUACUAUCUCCUACUGAACAGAGGGGUGGUAUAUUUCAACUGUCUAGGGCUACUGUGUUUGCACAACAUCUAGAUGAUUGUUGUUUGGUGAAUUGGAAGUUACUUGGGAAAAAAUUUACUUGGCAUAGGAAACAAAAUGGCAUGAUUCAAAUCCAUAAACAACUAGAUCGGGGAUUGAGUGAUAUGCAGUGGAUUUUGGAUUUUCCAAAUGUUGUGAUUGAAGUACUUCCGAGAGGGCAUUCUGAUCAUAAUCCCCUCCUUCUUAGAUGUGGGGGAUUCCUUCCACCAGUUAAGAACCGUCCAUUCCGUUUUGAAGCAGCCUGGUGUACACAUAGGGAAUAUAAAAUGGUGGUGGCUAAUGCAUGGCACCAUCAUUCAGAUAAUAUUUUUUAA